GUAAUGAAAACCCGCUUCAUUAAGCCAUCACAUCUCAUGGCGCCGUGGCUCAAAUCCCACAAGUGAGCUGACACAAAGUAGUUCCUGCUGCAUUCAUCGGGUUUGUGAGGGGGAAUCGGCUCUACGGUGAUAGCGCGGUGCUAGCUGUUUAGCUAAGGAACUAGGAACUACAAUGGAGCCCAAGCACAAAGAGUUACUACACCAGAACCACCAGAACUUACUGGAGUCCAUCACGGAUGCGGACCGGCUGAUAGAGCUGCUGAGUAAAUCGGGAAGCCUCAGCGAGCAGGAAGCCUUGGAGCUGGACCAGAACUGCUCCUCCAGCGCCGAGAAAGUGGACCAGCUCCUGAAGAUGCUCAUGAACAAGCAGAGCGACCAUUUCAUGGAGCUCUGUGUGGCCCUGGAGAAGACAUACCCUCACCUGUACUCUGCCCUCUUCGCCAACGGCGGAGGACCAGCUGAUCACUCUGGGUCCACCUACAGCAUCCUGUCCACAAUGCCAUCAGACUCCGAGAGCAGCAGCUCCCUCAGCAGUGUCGGUACCAAAGCCUCAUCACCUCCACCUGCGCUCAGUGACACCCAGCCCGCCAGCGAGAGCCUGGACACCAUCCUGUUCCAGCUGAGACAAGUCACCAGGGAGCGGGACGAACUUCGCAAGCGCUUGGCUCUCGCCUCACCUGGCACCACGUUUGAUGACUGCAGGCCAAAUUCCAAACCUGGUCAUGACUACGAGCGUCUGAAAACGCAGUGCAUGAAGGCCAUGACAGACCUGCAGUCCUUGCAGAACCAGCACACCAAGACUCUGAAGAGGUGCGAGGAAGCCGUGAAGGAAGCAGACUACUACCAAAAAACGAAAAACCAUGACAGGUUUGGAUGGCGAGUAAUCAGGGAGAACGGGUCAUCAGAGGUUUUGAACAAGCUCUAUGACACAGCGAUGGAUAAGCUGGAGGGGGUGAAGAAGGAAUACGACGUCUUGAGCAAACGAUACAGUGAGAAGGUGACCAGUCACAACACAGAUCUGAGUCGACUAGAGCAGGUGGAGGAGGAGAACAGGCGCUUGCAAAAACAAAUAGACGCUCUGCUUAAACAGCGGGACACAGCCAUCCAGUACCAACAGCAGUGGUCUACAUCAAUGAGACGUUUUGACUCGGUGCAGCAGGAGCUGAAUAAAGCCUCAGCCCAAAACAAGGAGCUGCAGAGAGAGAUGGAGAGACUCCAGUCGGAGGUGACGCGCUACAAGAACUUCCAGCUGAAGGCGGUCAAGGAUGCAGAGAAAUACAAGGAGGAGCGGGAUUCUGUGUUUAAUGAAUACAGGCUGAUCAUGAGCGAGAGGGACCAGGUCAUUAAAGAGGUGGACAAGCUGCAGACGGAGCUGGAGGCGGCGGAGGCCCGGCUCAAAAACACCUCCUCUGAGAGAAUGGUGGCUAGUGAGGAGCUGGAAGCUCUCAGACAGGAGCUAAAUUCAUCGCUGGUGGAUCGAGACCGUGCCAUCUGUGAGAGAAACGAGCUGCUGGAAAAAUACUGCCAUGAAGUGAAGGACAAAGCGGAGGCCCAGAAAGAGCUGAGUCAGGCCUGUAAAGACAUCGAGACUGUGCGGGAGGAAAGAGAUGUGGCCAGGAAAGAGAGAACCGAAGCCAUCAUCCAGAGAGACCAGUUACUGCGGGAAUACUACCAGGCCAGACAGAAACAAGACUCGGCCACUCUGGAUAUGGAGCGUGCCAAUAAGGAGAUUGACGUGUUGAGGAAACAGUGUGAGGCCAUGUCCCAGGAGCUGAAGGAGGCUGUUCAGGAGGCCGAGGUGGCCAAGUGUCGCAGAGACUGGGCCUUUCAAGAAAGAGACAAGAUUGUUGCUGAGCGAGAGAGCAUACGGACUUUGUGUGAUAACCUGCGCAGAGAGAGAGACCGUGCCGUCAGCGAUCUGGCUGAUGCCCUGCGUAACCUUGACGACAUGAGGAAACAGCGGAACGAUGCAGCCAGGGAACUUAAAGAGCUCAAGGAGAAGAUGGAGAGCCAGUUGGAGAAGGAGGCACGUUUUUGCCAGCUAAUGGCUCACAGCUCCCAUGAUUCAGCCAUAGACACAGACUCAUUAGAAUGGGAGACAGAGGUGGUGGAGUUUGAGAAGGAUCGGGAUGACAUGGAUUUGAAGGCAAUGGGGUUUGAUAUCGCAGAGGGGGUGAAUGAUCCAUAUUUACCAGGGGAUUGUGGGAUAUUUGUGACUCGAGUGGACAAAGGAAGUAUCGCGGAUGGAAGAUUGAGGGUGAAUGAUUGGCUGCUGAAGAUAAAUGAUGUGGACCUGACUAACAAAGACAGGAAGCAGGUCAUCAAAGCCGUACUUAAUGGAGGAGGGCUGAUCAAUAUGGUCGUUCGCAGGAGGAAAUCAUUAGGAGGAAGACUGGUUACUCCUGUCCACAUUAAUCUCAUCGGACACAAAGACGCUGGUAUCAAUCUUGAGGGUGGUGUAUACGUGGCUGCUAUCGCACCGGGCAGCCCAGCUGCCAGAGAGGGAUCUCUUACCAUCGGAGACCGCCUGAUUGCCAUAAAUGGGAUUGCUCUGGAUAACAAAUCACUGAGUGAAUGUGAGGCUCUGCUGAGGGGUGGCAGGGACUCGCUUGCUCUCUCCCUCAUGAAGUUUUUUCCCCAGAGCACAUCGGGGCAGAACAUCUUUGAAAGCCUGAGGGAGGCCGAGAAAUCCAACGGCAGAAUCCACCUAUCGGAUAUCCAUUCACGAAACAUCAGAAACCUCAAACACAACAGCUCCACUCAGACGGACAUUUACAGUGGGGACACGGGCGGUGAGAGACGAAAGACCAGGACCGACUUGGAGGAGAGCGGUUAUUCUGAGAGAAAGGUCUUCCCGAUCUCCACCUUGCACCCUAACACUCUCCGACCCGCUUCAGAGCUGGGACCGGCCCGCUACAGCGGCAGUGCCUUUCAGGAGGUCUGCUAUACCCGCUCAGAGUCAGUCGGCCCUGAAUGCGUUACCCUGGAAACCAGCUUGGAGAAGCAACACAGUGGCGGCACUUGGCCUAAAAUGAUGGUGGGUGUUGCCAUGACAACCGACAGCCUGGCGCAACUCUCCAUCUACAGGUCGCCCAAGCAAAGAAAGCCCAUUGAUGCAGACACCUUCAAAAGGCCAGAUAUGUUGUCGAAGACAGACUACCAUUCGCCUCAACCUUUGAAAGCAGACUCCGCCCCCACACCCCCGACCCCGCCCACACGUAACGACUCCUUCAGGUUCAAGCACAAACAUCAGGGCAGCUCCGCCUCAGAGUCCACCAUCACCACCAUGUCUGUCCACGAACCCAAGCAGGAGGACCGCAACGGCAACCUGUACUUCACCGAGGCAGGGCGUGAGGGCAUGGUCUUGAGCUCCAGGAAGUCCUGCGAGGAGGACAUCGGUCGGAUGCGGCCGGAGGAACCGGAAGUGAAGCGUCCUAGGCCCAAAUCGGCCCCGGCGCUCAGGCGCAGGAUGACUCCUCAGACCAUUCCUCUCCAGAGCUUCCAGAGUUAUUCAAAUGAUGGUGACUCUGUGGAGCAGAGGGAGAUGCUGUGUUCCUCUCCUAAUCGACCUCACAGACACAGCGUGGGUUUUGUGCCUACAGCCUAUAAUGGAACCCUGCCUCCCAACUCAGCACAUCGAGGACUGUCCCCCUGCUCUGCGGUAACGGCCGUUAUGAAGAACCCCGUUUACAUGGUGCGCAGUCAUAGAGUUCACACUAACAACUGCCCUACUGUCGCCAACCAGAUCAAUCAGCAGCACACACACCCCAGUCCUCAGCAUCAAGGGCAUCUGAGUCUGGACCUAAGCCAGAAACGCUCCGCAGACUACUCUGACUUGUCCCGGAGCAGCCGGGCCUCACACGGCACCAACUCCCUGCCGUCCAGCUCUAGACUCGGCUCAUCAAAUAAUUUGCAGUAUCGCACUGAAAGGAUAAAGAUUCCCUCCACGCCACGCUAUCCUCGCUCAAUGCUGGGCUCAGAAAGAGGGUCCCUGUCUCAUUCAGAAUGCAGCAGUCCCAGUCUCAUCACGCCACCCCUGUCUCCUCUCAAUCUGGAGACGUCCUCGUUCGCCUCCAGCCAGUCUCAGAGCUCCAUCUCCACCCUGCCCAAGAUCUCCGUCAGCCCCGUACCCACGGGAGAGCGGAGAAAAGACAGGCCAUACUUGGAGGAGCCUCGGAAUGUCAUUGUGCACAAAGGGGCGGAGCCUCUCGGCAUCUCCAUCGUGGGUGGAGAGAAUGGAGGAAUCUUUGUCUCUAAGGUGACCGGGGGCAGCAUCGCACACCAGGCUGGACUGGAGUAUGGAGACCAGCUACUGGAGUAUAAUGGGAUAAACCUGCGCAAUGCCACCGAGCAGCAAGCACGACUCAUCAUUGGCCAGCAGUGUGACACCAUCACGAUUAUGGCCCAGUACAACCCACACAUGUAUCAGCUCGGCAACCACUCUCACUCCAGUUCCCGCUUGGAGCCAGUGAGCACUCGGUCUACCCCGCAGGGCAGUGGAGCCGCCACCCCAGAUAACCACUCCACCAUAGACACCCUGAGUGAACAGGAUGAAGGCACGCUCACCCCAUCCUCCAAACAGACGACACCCACCACCAGUCCCAGCAGCUUCAUCAGGAUGUCUUCUGAGAGUUCCAAGAAAGUUCCGGAGCCUCGCUUGGUAACAGUGAGGAAGACUCAGGGGGAGCUGGGCAUUCAGCUGUGUGGAGGAAACCUGCGGGGGAUCUUUGUGGAGAGGCUGGAAGAGGACAGUCCUGCCAGAGGAGCGGAUGGUCUUGUUCCUGGAGACAUGAUACUUGAGUAUGGCUCAGUCAGCAUGAAGAAUAAGACUGUGGAGGAGGCAUACCUGGAAAUGCUGAAGCCUGCGGAAACAGUGACAUUCAGAGUCCAGCAUCGUCUGGAUGAGUUCAACAAGGUGAAGGACGCUCCUGGAGAUGGAUUCUAUAUCAGAGCACUUUAUGACCGAGUGGCUGAGACUGAGCUCGACCUCUCGUUUAAGAAAGACGACAUCCUCUAUGUGGAUGACACGCUACGAAAUGGCAACUUCGGCACCUGGAUGGCCUGGCAACUUGAUGAAAAUGCACAAAAAAUUCAAAGAGGCCAGAUCCCUAGCAAAUAUAUGAUGGAUCAGGAGUUCUACCGCAGACACAGUAUGACGGAACUGAAGGACGAGACGGGCUCCAGUAAGACCCUCUCCGCAGCCGCACGCAGAUCCUUCUUCCGCAGGAAGCAGAAGCACAAACGUAGCAGCUCCAAAGAUGGGAAAGACGUCAUAGCCUUAGACGCAAUCAGCACAGACUCUAUUCCAUUCUUAGAUGAUUUUGUGAGUCUGGCCUAUCAGAGAGUGCAGAAGAUCGACUGCACGUCUCCCAGACCGGUGCUGAUCCUCGGCCCGUUGGUGGAUCCGGUUAAAGACAUGCUGGUCAAAGAAUCCCCCGAGAAAUUCAGCAGAUGCAUGCUUGAGGUGAUGAAGGCUUCCCAGCAGGCCAUCGAGCGCGGAGUGAAAGACUUUCUCUUCAUCGACUACAAACGGAGGAGUGGCCAUUUUGAUGUGACUACUGUUGCCUCCAUCAAGGAGAUCACAGACAAGGACUGUCACUGUUUGCUUGACAUUGCACCUCACGCUAUCGAACGGCUUCACAGCGUUCACAUUUACCCAAUCGUCAUUUUCAUUCGCUACAAAAACGCAAAGCAGAUAAAAGAGCAGAAGGAUCCAGUUUAUCUGCGGGAUAAAGUCUCUCAAAAACAUUCCAAGGAGCAGUUUGAGAUUGCACAGAAGAUAGAGCAGGAAUAUAGCAAAUUUUUCACAGGUAUCGUUCAAGGAGGCACCUUCCCUUACAUUUGCACUCAGAUCGUCACUAUUGUGGAUCAGGAACAGAGCAAAGUUCUGUGGACGCCGCUGGGCUCCCCGUAGACUUACAAACACUAGACUUUAUACACAACGCACGCGAAGGUACACUAACGUUAUGAGCGUCACGUUAAGAUAGUGAUUCUUUUUUUUUUCGUCUAUUAAUUUUUAUUACGUUAUUAAUUGCAACUUUUAUUUGGAUGUGUGUGUGUGUGUGUGUAUGCAGAUGCAGGACGAUAGCACUGAAGUAUUUGUUCAUUUGGUUUCGGUCUUCCUGACGGACAUAGCAAUGCUGCAUUUAAGACACUCGUUUACAGAGCAAUCAGUCAGUGAAUUGUUUUAACGUCUGCCUGAAUGUGAAGUCCCUCAUACAAGCAGCCCUGCACCAAAACUGUAUGCGUGACACCCUCCCAUGUCUAACAUAUCAGCUCAAGGACUGAAUCCUCGUCUCAUGGUUUAAGAGUCAUUUGUGGCCAAGUUUGUUGUGUAGAUGUCAGUGAGCGUUGCUUUGAAUCGUAGUGCUUAUCUAUGGAGCUGAGACCGAUUCUACGGGCCGAAUGGAAGUGCCUUUGGAGAUCCACUGAGCGUAUGACAAUGGCAUGAGGUGAAAGCCUGGUAUUUAAACCGUAAAACUUCUCAGAUUGCACUCCAGGGCUAGACAGACCACUGUGUACUAUGAGAUCUCGAAGCAUUCUCAUAUUAGAGCUUAUAUUUAAAGAGAAUAUCCCAUGUAACACUUGUACUCGUGCAUACGAACUGAAGUACGGGCGCACAUGUAUGCGUAUGCAAUUUCAUCAAAAUAUAUAGAAAUAUAUUUACUGUAUUUUUACUAGGCUAUAGUCCUAGGGGAGUGUGACGGAGUGUCACAUCUUAGCAAAUAUCAGCAUGUUUGUGUGUGUGUGUGCGAGAGAGCGAAUGCACGUUUCUGUUCGUGUAUGUUUGUCAGUCUUUUUUAUUUGUACUACACA